AUGAUAGUUGACUUCAGCAGCAUCACCAAUGAUCCCUGUUACAACUAUCAGUCUCUGGAUCGUCCCUGGAGAGCAACAACUGAAAGUGAUUUGAGAAUUUGUGACAGCGAUUUCUCCUGGAAUGGCUGGUACCGACUUUAUCAUUAUGGGAUGAACAUCCAAAUGCCAGAGAGCUGUGUUGAUCCAUUCAGCUGUAAUGCAGGCUUCGGUCUGUGGCUCAAUGGUUCUCACCCUCAGAUAGAAGAUGGGGUGGUGACCCGUGAGGUCUGUGCGGCAAAUAAUAUGGGUAGUUGCUGUGAUGUUGAGUAUGAACCCAUCAGAGUUAAAGCCUGUCCAGGAAAUUACUACGUCUAUGAACUUGUGAAUCCAUACAAUUCAGGUCUAUAUUAUUGUUCAGGAUACUGCACAGACAUCAGCACUAUAUCACAGACGAUUCCCACAACAACUCCAGCUAUGAUUACUGGAUCCAGCUUCACCUUGAGUGACCCAUGCUCAAACUACAACAUACUGGACAACAACUGGAGGACCACACUCCAUUACUGGUAUUGGUAUGGAUUUACAUUUGGACAUGAUGACACUAUGGUAAAAUGGGAUGGCUGGUAUCGACUCUUCAUCAAUGGAUUGAGUGCUCAGAUGCCCGACUGGUGUGUUUCUUCCAUGGCAUGUGGGGGUUAUACUUCUCUUUGGCUUGGUGGUUCUCAUCCUGGAGUAGAAGAUGGAGUUGUUACUCGUGACGUCUACGGCUCUUAUUUUGACCAGUGCAGUCGUUUCACAUCAAACCCAAUCCAAGUCAAAGCUUGUCCUGGAGAUUAUUAUGUCUACAAACUCACCAGACCAAAUUUAUCAAUUGCAGACCCUGUAUAUUGUGCAGUUGCUUUCAAAACUCCAAGUGUUGACCCCUGCGAUAGCUACAACAUUCUGGAUGAACCCUGGAGAUCCAUUGAUAAUUAUCACUAUUACUUCAGCAACCAAACCAUGUCUGAUUAUUUUGUUAAUUGGAAUGGCUGGUACAGACUUUUCAUCAAUGGUCAGAGUGCUCAGAUGUCAGAGUCGUGUGUUACUCAGUGGCAUUGUGGCACUUAUUGCCCACUGUGGCUGAAAGAUCCUCAUCCAAAGCUGGAAGAUGGAGUGGUCACACGAUUUGUCUGUAUGUCUGCAUGGGAAGAUUGUUGUGGUAUAAAAUUUCAUCCCAUACAAGUCAAAGCCUGUCCAGGAAAUUACUAUGUUUAUGAGUUUGUCAGACCAAUAGGCAUUUCUGCUUACUGUGCAGAAGUCACAGGCAUCACCACAGAGACUCCGCACAUAGAGUCAAUUACUACGCCCAUCACAAUCACUGAUAAAUCACCUGCCUACAUUCUACCCUCAGCUCUGACUGAUCAGUGUUCUGCACUGAACUGUACUGAAGAUGAAUGGUGUGGAGAGAUGAACGGUGUUUACGGCUGUUUCUGUAAUAAGAACCAAACCAGAUCUGAUCCUGACUCUUUUGAUUUCUUUGAAACCUGUGAAAGCAGUACAGGUUCUAUAUCUAUAUCUCGCUGUCAGCUCUUUGAAGCUGGUUUUUCAGCUGAUGGCCUGCACCUCAAUGAUCCCAGCUGCAAAGGAAUCAUCCAGAAUGGCCGAGUGGAGUUUAGUUUUGAUAACAAUGGACACACCUGUGGUACAAAUCUUGUGGCCAAUGGCACUCAUAUUAUCUAUGAGAACUUUAUUUUGGGAGCCCCAGGGUCAUCUGAAGGUCUCAUCAGUAGAGAGAGAAUUCUGCAGAUAUCUUUCAGCUGUGUUUACCCCCAAACCCAAACACUAUCUAUGAUAGAAAUCAACCCACUGGAGAGUGUUGUGCACAAGACCCUGCCUGCUGGUCAUGGGAUGUAUCAGGUUCGAAUGAUCCCUUAUCAGGAUGUUGGGUUUUCUCAGCCCUUCAAUGGUAGUGUGAAUGCAGAACUCAACCAGGAGAUUUUUGUUGAGGUUCGUGUUGAUGGGGUUGACAGUCGACAGUUGGUGACAGUGAUUGACACAUGUUGGGCUACACCUGUGAAUGAUCCAGAUUACAGUCUGCGCUGGGAUCUCAUCACUGGAGAGUGUCCAAAUCCACAUGAUAACACAGUGAAGCUUCUUCAGAAUGGUGUCUCAACAUCCAGCCGUUUCUCCUUCAGGAUGUUCAUCUUCAACUCAAACUUCACUAAAGUUUAUCUGCACUGUGCUGUUCAUCUUUGUAUUCUGGCCAACAAUUACUGCUCAGCGCCCUGUGUCUCUGGAUAUCAUCAGAGGAUCGGCAGAUCUCUGGAUUUUCAUGACAGUUCCUCCAUAUCCAUGGGUCCUCUGAUUGGGUCUGAUGGAAACACAGAUAUCUCACAUCAAAUGAAGUCAGUGGCUCCGUGUCUGUGUAGUUCUUUGAUGCAGUUGCUUGUUUCUCUCAUGACUUUUUUUACCUUCCCUAAGUAAAUUUUCACAAAAUAUAAACAAUGCUUUACUUAAGAAUAAUCUCAUUUUAAUGUUUGAGCAUGUUUGAGCUGCUUUAAUUUGAAAAAACCUUGUCCUGUUUAAUUAUAACAUAUUUCGGUGACAUUGUUUUGUCUUAAGAUGCACACCUAUAGUGUUUUUUGUAAGUUAUGUUUGUAAAAAAACUUCUUAAAAGACCUAAUAUAAAUAAGGCCUAGUCCUGGAUUAACCUAAACCCUGUCCAGGAAACUGCCCCUAACAGUUUAUUUAGAAAUCUUUUGUAUUUUCAUGUGCCUUGUGCAAAGUUUAAUAUGCAUAAGUUAGAAAAGUUAAUUGGUGCCCCUCCUCUUUGAGGUGAGAAGAUGAAAGUUUGGUGUGUGUGCUGUCCAUGCUGUAAUGCCAAGGCUGAUUAAAAGAAAGAAAUAUGAAUUAU